GUUGGUGUGAAUGAAGUGUAAAAGAAAAAAAACACUCUCACAACAGCUCAGCAGGCGAGACGAUCGCGGAAACCUGAGGAACACUUUCUUUUGUAACUUCUUCCCUCGUCCUUCCUUCCUCAGCCUGUAUGACGGCGUGAAAACGAAAGCAGCUCAGUUAUGGAGAGCUCCAUUGAGGCUUCCCAGACUCAAGGCGCCCCCAAACCUAAACCUCCCGCCAAACCUCGGCUCGCUCCCAAGCCCUUCUCUCUGCAGAAGAACACCACCAUUCACUCCAUCCACGCUCCAAAGACGGUCACUGCACCAUCUGAAGCAACAACACACCAGACUAGUAAAUCUGAGGCUCCAGAUGUCCCCAAAGCCACUCUGACCACCCCUGCUCAGAAACCACCUCAACAGCCCGCCACCUCUGACUCCAAACUCAGCUCUGUAACUGUGAACACCAAAGAUCAACCGAAAACAGCUACAGAGAAUAAAUCAAGUCCGCGUGGAGAAGAUGCUCUUGAUUCUAUUGUAGCGCCAGGGAAAUCAGAUCCAGCUUCACAAAGUGCUCCACCCAAGGAGACAUCUAAAUCUGAGCCAAUCCAGAAAGAAGAUGUCACCCAAACAAACCACAGCACAUCCACUGAUGUUGUAACUAACUCGGAACAGAGAGAUGAAAAAAAGAAGGAUGACAAAACUGAGACGGCUGUCGUCCAAAACCUUGAGGUAUCAGGGGGUGAUGAUUCCUCCACAGCCAAUCCAAAAUAUCGAAGGAGUAGCGUCAGGAAUCGUCUGUCCGCGGACCUCACCUCAAAGUUUGAGUCAGGUGGUCUAACUCUGCCUCCCCAGCCCACUAUAACCAUCUCUACAGCCACCAGCAAGGACGCCGCAAACAAGCCGGUUCCCCCUGAUCCAGAGCAGAGCCUGACAACAUCAGAGCCACCCAACAGAGAGAGUGACGAAGGCAAACUGAUGGAGGAAUACAGUGGAGGAGGCAGCAUAAAACGCAGAAUCAGUCUUCUGUUUGACUCGUCGUCCAGGCCAGAGCCGGUUGCAAAGAGAGAAGAGCCAGAAAUCAUAAAUGGUGGAGGAGGUGUGAAGGAGCGAAUUAAAAACUGGAAGGUGGAAACAGGUUCUGAGGGUCCGAAGAUCGAGAAAAAGCCACAGGUUGCACCCCGAAUUCGCCCUAAAAGCUCUGAUUCAGCAACUGCUCCUACAGCAGAGAAAACACCCAAAAGUCCUCCUGUUGAACUCCCUGUAACAGGGACAUCAUCCACAGAGACUGUGGAUCCACCCUCAAAGAUCUCCCCCGAGGAGCAACCCGCAAAGAGCCCACUAGUCACAUCCAAAGAUGCUCCUCCUAAAGUGAAUUCAUCUAAAACAUCACCAGAGACAUCAGGAGAUAGUGAACAGAGCAAAUCGACAGAGGGUGAUGUUCAACUACGUGCUUGCAGCCCACCUGCAACAUGCACUGCCACUGACGAGGGAUCCGCAGCUGCAAGUGAAAGUUCUGUAAAGAGUGACAAUGUCAGACGUCGCUCUGUUCACUUUGGUGUGGUGGAGAGAGAUGACGGUGGACCUCCAGUACACCUGUGCUCAGAGCCUGAAUCCAGUACAGAUGAAGAUGAGGCUCCUGAGGAUAAAUCUGAGGAGGACUUCCCUGUUUCAGUGCCUGCCUAUAUAGGAGUAGGAAUCCUUCAGAGCCAGGACAAUGAGGCCCAAAGGCAAGAAGAGAAACGACUGAAACAAUUGGAGUUUGAAAAAAAAAGGAAAGCAGAGGAAAGCCUAAAGGAGAUGGAAAGACUUGAGUUAGAAGAGAAGAACAAACGAAAAGAAGAAGAGAAAGAAAGGGAGAAAGAAAAGGCCAAGCAGAUGAGGGAAGAGGAGAGAAGGAGAGAAGAGGAAAAGAAAAGAGAGAAGCUGAAGGAGGAAGAAAAGGAGAGACAGAAAAAAGAGGAAGUGGAGAGAGAAAGGUUGAGAGAAGAGGAGAGGGAAAGGGAAAGGUUGAAAGAGGAGGAGAUGGAACGGGAAAGACAGAUGGAGUUGAUGUUGCAGAGACAGAGAGAAGAGGAAAGAGAUAGGGCAAAGCAGAUGGAAGAGGUGAGAAGGAGAGAAGAGGAAAAGAAAAGAGAGAAGCUGAAGGAGGAAGAAAAGGAGAGACAGAAAAAAGAGGAAGUGGAGAGAGAAAGGUUGAGAGAAGAGGAGAGGGAAAGGGAAAGGUUGAAAGAGGAGGAGAUGGAACGGGAAAGACAGAUGGAGUUGAUGUUGCAGAGACAGAGAGAAGAGGAAAGAGAUAGGGCAAAGCAGAUGGAAGAGGUGCUUAAACAUGAGCAGGAGGAGAGAGAUAAGGAGAAACUGAAGGAUGAAGAGAAGGAGAGACAGAAGGAGUUGGAGUUGGUGUGGCAGAGAAAGAAUGAGGAGGAUGGAGCGAGGGCAAGGCAGAAAGAGGAGAUACUAAGACAAGAGGAGAAAGAGAAAGAAAGAUUGAGAGAAGAGGAGAGGCAGAAAGAGGAAGAGAGGAUGAGGGAAAGACAGAGAGAGCUGGAGGAUGGAGUGAGGGCAAGGCAGAAAGAGGAGAUACUAAGACAAGAGGAGAAGGAGAAAGAAAGAUUGAGAGAAGAGGAGAGGCAGAAAGAGGAAGAGAGGAUGAGGGAAAGACAGAGAGAGCUGGAGGAGGAGAGGGAGCUUGAGAGGAAAAGGCAGCAAGAAAAAGAAGAGAUGGAGAAAAUGAAGCAAAUGGAAAUGGAGAGACAGAGAGAAGAGGAAAGAAAAAUUCAGAUGGAGAAAGAAGAUGCUGAAGAGCUGGAGAAGAAACGUCAAGAAGAACUUGAAAGAAAGAGAGCAGAAGAACUGGAAGAAAAACUCAGACUGAGAGAAGAGGGGGAAAAAGAGAUGUCGGUGGAUGAGCCAGAUUUAAUCAGCUUUGACUCUGAAGAUUUGCCUCAGAAAUCCAAAUCUCCUCACACCCCUUCAGAUCAAACCCACAAGCCCACAGAGAGUCAAACUGAAGUAGUCUAUGACGACUUCUCCGUCAGCAAGCCCUGUGUCGAGGUUGAUUUUGACGAUUUUUCAGUCAAACCGAAGAGAUGGGGGUCACAGGCUAAAGUAAAGACUAGUCCUGUCCAGAGCACCUCUUUGUACUCCCCGGAUGAAGAGGUGGCAACACUUGUGCCCCUGGAAGUCAGAACUGAGGAGAAGAAAGUACAAGAGCAGCUGGAAAAACCAGACAGCCCAAAGCCUGCACCAGCCCAGCAGAGUCCGGAGGAGGAGAAGGAGAUAGAGAAGGAGAAAGCAGAGGAGAAGGGGAUAGAGAAGGAGAAACAAGAAGAAAAGGAGAUGGAGAUGAAAGAAGAGGUGGAGACAAAGGAAGAUGAAGGGGAAGAAGACGGCAAGCAGCAGGAGACUCAACUUAACAGUUAUUGUACAGAUGGUCAAGACACUGAUGCUUUGAUAGACCUUGAGCCAGACCAGCAGAAUGGGGCCUGUGAACCGACAUCUGAAUCUGACAGUGUAAAGCCUGCCGCUGACCAGCUGCCUGAGGUCUCCUCUGAAGAUGUUGAGACUACUGAUUUUCAACCAGAACCCGACCUGCCUCCAUUCCCUGAGAGCUCCAAUCCUCUCCUUGACACCAGUGCACAGAGAUCCAAGGCAGAUCUGGGUAAGAGGCGAAUACGAACACGUCCACCAAGCCGGCUCUAUGCAGGACUGACUCAGACGGACGGCCCUGACUGGAGGUCCAGUGACUCCACAGUUGAAAAGGAGGAGUCUUCCAAGCAAAGGGAGUCAGACUCUGAGGAGGAACAGCCUAAACCGAAAAUAGUCUGUUCUCCUCCUCCCACUUCUCAGAGAGUCCCCAUAUUUCCUGGCUUGAACCCUGCAGCCCUAAUUGCUCAGUUAAAAAAGAAAACAGGUGGAGGAGGUGCUGGUGGAGGAGAUGAAACAGAAGAUAAGAGCAGACAAGAAAAGGAAAGUCCAAAUGAGGUGAUAACACCAUCUCCCUCACAACUGUCACAUUCUCCUCGCUCUGCUGCACAUCUUCCAGGAGCUGCACGAGUGCUGCCACCCAUCGGCGGGGCAGACGGAGGUGCCACCUCCUCUCCCGCUUGGCUGAAAGAACUGAAGUCUAAGAAGCGUCUCAGUCAACAUGAAGGUGAAGCGUAGCCCAAGAGACGCUGUGCUGUUGCUCUUGAGCAAGAAUCAAUCCAUCUCAGAUAUUGCUGCUGACAGACACCUUGCCAUGAUUGCUCCACUUUGCACUUUGAGUGCCUUAUUUUGGACCUUUACUGAGAUAUGCAGUAAGGGAAUUCAGGCUUUUGCUGAACAUAGAGGCCAUCAAGUAGUUUUCAUCUUGUAAAUGGAAUAUGGUGCCAAGACUAUGUGCCAAGACUGUGAUGUGUUUAUGCCAAGUAAAUGUUUUAUCAACUGUUGUAUAGAGGCUCAAUGGAGGCUGAACGUCCUAAUGUAGUGUAGAACAAAGCCACACAUUGUCUUACUGGUUCAUUGCUUUGUUUGGCUGUGUAAGUCCAUCAUUUACUGACAGGGACUGAUAACACUAGGCCUUCAGCAAAGUAUCUUCUUUUAAACACACACAAACACACACAUAUGUACAGAAAUUCUGAAUGUGGAUUGUACCUUGUGUGUGUUUAGUUUAAAUUGUACAAAAUGCCUUUUACAUUAUUUCACCAAUCAUAGAUUGUCUCACGUAAACCUACCUAGCACUUUAAGAAAAAUGAUAAAUUACUCCAAAAAAGUAAUGAUUAUAAUUAAGAAAAAAAACGUUUGUAGUUUUGUACUGUUUGGAGAAUUUAAGGACAAAUAAGGGAGGAUCAUUUGUGUAGAUGCCCUUAUUAACAGGCUUAAAGGGUAUUAGUUUGAAAUAAAUAUGCACCUAAUAAGGAAGACCCUGACUUAAUCAAUGAACUGAACAAAAAUUAGGGCACCAAACAAGGUGAAAUUAAAAGAUUUCAAUGAUAAAUCAAGUACCCUGUUACUGGUAAAAAGCAAAUUUUGGAAGUUACUGGUACUGAGGGAUAAGGCUGCCAUACAUACGCUCAUAGAUGAUUUAGGUUUGGUGGAUAUAUGACUGUUAAUGAACCCAAGUGACAAAGAAUAUACUGCCUUAAAUCUUACUGUAAUCACACACCAGUAGAAACUCAAAUUGAUUUAAAUCCUGAAACAGGAAGGAGGGGUAGAUGGCGAAUGAACUCAGUGCUGUUAAACAAAGAGGAGCUCAGUCAGUAAGUUGGCUGAGGACCUGACUCUGUUUUUUGAAUUAAAUGUAGAGGUCACAGAGAAGUUGUAUUCAAUAUAAGAGGCAUCCGAGGCACAGGAAAAUUAAUAGCACAAACAUCUAAAAGGAAAAAAGAAAGCAUGAGCCAAAUAACUUGAAAUAACCACAUUGGAAAACACUCUAUCAAGACAAUAUACAUAUGAUUUAGAUUUAUAUAUUUUUAGACUUGUGCAAUCAGAAGUUUAAAUGAGAUAAUAUAUGUAUAACUAAAAAGCAGAAUAUGCAUUAAAAAGUCUCCAGGCAUGAAUUGCUGUCCCAUUGAAUAUUUCAAUACAUUUGUGGACAUGUUGGCUCCUAUCUUAUUAAAAGUUUAUCCGGAAAUAUUUAAUUUGGAGUCUUUGCCUAAUACAUUUAAUGAAGCACUAAAAUGAUUGAUUCUAGAAAAAGAUAGCGAUGCAGUGGAUCCCUCAAAUCAUAGACCUUUAAGCUUAAUUAAUGAGGACUGUAAAAUACUGACUAAAGUAUUAGCUUCACGAUUAGAGAAAGUGUUUAUAAUCAAUAUAAUUGGCUUCAUCAAAGGAAGGUCUGCAGCUGACAGUUUAAGAAGAUUACUACAUAAUUUGGUUGAACUUCUCAAACUAGUGCCAGUCACUGCCAUCUCCCUGGAUGACGAACAAGACUUUUGACAGGGUGGAAUGGUGAUUCCUAAGUACGGCUCUGUCAUUCUUUGGGUUUGGCUCUGUCUUAAAUUGUGGAUCAGGAUUUAUGGUGCUUUUCCACUACACAAUUCCAGCACGACUCGACUCGUUUUUUUUUGCGUUUCCACUAGGGAUAGUACCUGGUACCUGGUACUUUUUUAGUACCUGCUCUGGUGAGGUUCCAAGCGAGCCGAGCCGAUACUAAAUGUGACAUCAACAGACUGCCGGGCACUGAUUGGUCAGAAGAGUUGUCGCUGGACGAGUCAUGAGCCGUCCCACAUAAGAAUCAAACCCGGCAUUUUUAAAUACCGGCAACAGCGUUAGAGCUAUACGGCUCAAUUUUCUUGCUUUGUGUGUGACAAAAAGCCACAUACAGCAGCAAGUACACCACUGCCUCAAUGUCCUCCAUUGUUUAUGUGUUUUGUGUCGUGUAUAAAACGAAGUCAAAGCAAUUUUGCGGAGUCAUGCUAUGACGACCCCGCCCUAGUUGAGUAGGUACUUUUUUGUAAUGGAAAAGGUUGUUCCUGGUACCGUACCGAGUCGAGUCGAGCCGUGUAGUGCUAGAACUGUAUAGUGGAAAAGCGCCAAUAUUGUGUUUUAAAAAAAAUUACAAAUAAUUUCCCAAAAUUGCAUAAUUUCCCAAUUCUUCAACAUCUUAUGAGGAACAUGCCAAAGAUGCCCCCUUUCUCUGCUGUUAUUCACAAUUUUCUUGGAACCUUUGGAAAUCAUGAUUUGAGAAGAUCCGAAUAUUAGAGGAGUGAAGGGAGCUGGAAGGGAGAAUAAGCUGAUGCUCUAUGCUGAUGAUAUUGUAUUACUUAUUAACAACUCUUUCAACUCUGAGUUCUGAGUUGUCCGAUUACAAAAUCACAUGUAGUAAAUCUGAGACUCUGUUUGUAGCUCCUCAGUUUAAUUAUCUCUCUAUGAUGCUUCCUUUAAAGAUCUCUGAUUUCAUUUAUAAGCAAUACAACAAAAUAUUAAUACAAAAUCUCAUAAGAAUCCCUUAAGCAGAAUGGGUAAGAUGUGCAUGGGCAGGUACAAAGGAGGACUCGGUUUACCAGAUGUCAGGCUGUAUAAUCUAUCUUUCUAGAUAACCAAACUACCUAAACAUUGUGUUAACGCUGAUCUGGGUGUAGAUUGGGUAACUAUAGAACUAUGUAAUUGAGCCUUGCUGCACCAUAUUGUCCAAUUACCACUCCUAGUGUCUUACUCAAAGAGUUUUUUUUAACCAGUCAUACACCUCACUUUUGAAUUACUCUGAAAUACACAUGGGAAAAGAGUGAUGUACUGGAAAGAAUGUCAGUCUGUAGGAGUAAAUAUAAUUGGUAUGAGAAGGGUAUAUUUAUGUCAUGUCUGGAUGUGCUGAGGAAAGUUUUAAGUAGAGGGAAUUUCUGGAAAUAUAUAAAAAAUGAGACCCUGUGUUUGGUAAUAUAUCCAAGAAUGGUGAAACACCAAGUAACCCUUUAACUGAGUACUUCAUUACCUCAGGAUGUUCAUAAAGCGUCAGUGUUUUACAGUGUUCAAACACUCCACAGGUGAUUCCCAUAAUUACCUCUAAGUAAUACGGCAGAAGGACCCUACAACUGAUAUUGAAGAUAAUGAGUGGUCAGAUAUUAUAUCAAAUGUGUGGAGAGACAAGUAUUCAAUAUAAAAUAGUACACAGAUUUUACUGGAUACCGGCUAGACUUCACAAAAUAGGAAUUGCUGACAACAAUCAUUGCUUGAAGUUUAAGCGUGAACUGGGCACACAUUUGCACAUGAUCUGGUUCCAUUUUUAUCAGGAACUUCCUUAGUGGAAACGGGGCUAUGGUAUCAACCAUUCUGAGCAUUCUUGACAAUAAAACAAAUAAAAGUCUUAUCACAGCUACAACUGCAAAAUUGGAUGAGCCCUAUAUGUCCUACUGUGAAGGAAGGGAUUGAUAAAAUCAUUAAGAUUUCAUCAUAUGAUCACAUGUUGGGAAAAAUUAAUUGUUGGGAGCAGGGGGCACAGAGACAUGGGUUCAAUUUCGGUUGCAUGUUAAUGGAAUGUAAAUGCGUUAAUUAAUGACCGUACAUUUUUUGUAUCCAUGGUUUUUAUUUUAUGUUAAGGGAUGGUCGUCUUCUGUUCUGUAUAAAAGUCCUGUAUUGUCUGCUCUAUGAUAUGCUGCAUUAUAAAAAUUUGAAUCAUGAAAAAAUUAUAAAUAAUUACCGUCCACACAGUACAUCUGAUAGCAUGGCCAAGUACCUAACUGUAGUAACAGGGUCAAAGGAAAUGUUUCCUUUUGCUACACAAUGGAUGUCUUACUUCUCUUUUAAAUAAGAUGUAAAUAAAACUCAAAGAUGUAUUCCCUGAUUUUAUUAAAAUGCCCAAUAGCUGGUAUGGUUACGAUAUCAGCAGUUAUCUGGGAGAAAAUGUAAUGAUGUUUGAAUGCAACAACAGAAUCUGGGAGAGUGUUUUGUAAAAAUGUCUAACUCCAAACCUGUGUUAAUCUGCUUGAAAUUAUUUUAAGUGCCUUUGUUUUUAAUGGUAAAAAAUAAACAUUGUCAACUCUGCAAUCACUGAUAUGUAUGAUAAAAGGAAAUUUGGGGAAUUUUAUUAAAACUUUUUCUAUGAAAUACAA